CCGGGUAAUUUCCCAAAAAGGCCCAGGAUGACUUGCGCUUGCGCAGCCUCGUGCAAUUUGUGACAGCAAAAGUUGUUUGAAAAUCAUAGUAAUCUUCGACAUAUGCUGAAUUGUUUAAGAGUACUGCUUCGAAGCCAAUGAGGAAAAUGCAACUUCAAGCUCUAUCGAAAGCGUUUAUUUUUUCGAUUUUAUUUUGCGUUGCCGAAAACGCAGACGCCGAUGCCAGUAAAUUUGGAAAUGAAAUUAUAACCAUUACAAAUAAGAUUCUGGGAGCAACAGCUUUUAAAAAUCACUUAGCUGAGGAUGAAAAAUUUGGAAAUGAACAAUUGAAGGGUGAUUCCAUUGUGAAAGAGCUUGCAAAUAACAUCGAAAAUAAGAUUUCGUCGAGAGAGAAAGCAAUAAAACAUCUCAAAGACGCGGUCAUUGAUUCUUACAAUAAAUCGUCUUGGGGACAGUACACUGAAUGUUGCCAAUAUAGCGAUUUUGAUUUGAAUUUGGCGUACGAUGGGAGAUUUCUUGGAAAGGUUGAUACAAACUCCUUGUGUACGAUGAAAUCUUCAAUUGCAACAAAAAUUCACGAAGUUCCUGAUGACGAUUUCCUAAAAUCUUCCUUGGAAAAUCUAGAAAAUUAUCCAGGAAUCAAAUCGCAAUAUUUCGGCAGUGACAGUGGAACAUUGCUGAAUUUCCCAGCGUCUUCAGUACCCAAUUGUGGAUCGUACGAUAACAGGUUUAGACCGUGGUAUGUUCAAGCAAGCGCUCCAAUUCCAAAAGACACCGUGAUACUGAUUGACAUGUCUGGUUCAAUGGAGAAAGAAAAUCGUAUGAUUGCUGCAAUACAUGCAGCUAACACUAUACUAUCGAGUCUCACACCCGAUGAUAGAGUGGCAGUAAUUGGAUUCUCCGAUUAUGCUUACGCCGUUGGGUCAGAUAUUGCAGGAGAGGCAAUUUCACACAAAAAUUACAACGGGUAUCAAAAGAAACAAGGUACCCCGACAUGCUACGAUAAUACCAUGAUGGAUGCUACACCAAGAAAUAUACAUCAUUUAACAAAGGCUGUGUCUGGAAUGGUGUCACAUGGUGGUACGAAUUAUACAACAGGCCUUAUAAUGGCUUUCAAGUUCCUAUACAAUGCACUGGAAAGUGACGUCACGUCGUCAUGUGGUGUUGGAAAAUCGACACCAAGGGAAAUUGCAUAUUCACGGCAUCGAAGUAUUAUUUUUCUUUCGGACGGUAAGCCAAGCGAUCGUCCUAUCGGGAUAUUAGAUCUCAUUUACAAACGAAAUAAAGAUAUGCAUAACAGCGUUGUUCUCCUAUGUUAUGCACUUGGUAAAGGAACAUUCGGUCAUUUUAUCGAAACAAUGUCUCGGCAAGAUCACGUGCCACGUGACGUAGAAAAGUGUAAAGAGUCUGAAGAUGUAGCAUUGUGUCAUCCUAGUGGUGCGAAGUCAUGUGACCUGCCGUCACCACGUAAAGGUUUAUUUCGACAAGUAACUGACAGUCAAUAUCUAAGAUCUGAGAUGGGAUCUUACUACAACUAUUUUGCUACUGUAUCAAACAAGAAUUCGAACGAUGUAAUAUGGAGCGUUCCAUACUAUGAUGCUGGUGGAAUGGGAAUGAUUGUUACUGCAGCAUCUUCAAUUGUAAUGGGAGAUAGACUGGUCGGGGUCGUCGGAACUGAUUUAUCUAUGAGAGAAAUGAUGGCUGAAGUGACGUAUUUUCACGCUGGUGGUCAAGCAAGCUAUGCCUUUGUGAUGGACAAAACUGGACGUGUACUGCUCCAUCCACAUUUGCCCUCACCAUCGAGUGUAAAAGAUGACCCAGUUUUGACUGAAAUUGGCGCUUUCGAAAGAACCAAAGAAGUGAAACAGUUUUUGGAAUCUGUAUUAGAUGACGAGAAUGAGAAUGAGAAAGAUUUGCCAGUUGAUGAAGCUAAGAUAUAUAGAAAGUCAGUCAACACGAAAAGGGUGAUACCGCAGGAGCACAGAAAUGUCGAGACUCGAGAUGCUUACUUGAGUUAUUCUUGUAUGAAAAUUCGUCAUCUUAUUGUGUGUGUCGUCAUAGAAGAUGAUGUUGCGUCACAAUUAAAAUUUACUCCACAAGAUUUACCUCCAGAUUUCGAGUUUCUAUAUCACAGGUUCGACGUUUCUCCCCCUGCUCAGUUGUGCCAGUAUCACGGUAGUUUAUCAAGUGGUGCAAAGUCAACGGUGUUUCUUGCGCCAUCUUCAUUCGUAAAUAUUGGGAAACAUCUCGGACAACCUGAAACAUCAGAAUGGGUUUCUGAAUUAAAGGCGUACAUGUACGAUGCUAAAAAAAUUAACUUGGGGCGGACGCCUGAAGAGAUUGCCGCUCAAGUUAACCUGAAGCUAGGUAUAAGAGAUGCUGUCAGAGUCACUGCAAAGCUGGACAAGAUAUGGAAAGAUCAAUUAGGCAAUACAACAAAACAAGCAGGAGACGAGUCAUCGGAUAAUGAUUUACGUCGAAGCGUUAUUUAUCGAUAUUUUUCUUCUGAAAAUGGAAUGUUUCGCAUCUUUCCAGGAACUCAAAUGCCUAAAACAUACAAUCCCAUUCAUAGACCGUGGUAUCAACAAGCGAAAGCCUUGCUAACAGGAGAAUAUAUUAUGGGAAAGAAAUGUGAAUCUUCAAAUAGUGGUGACAAUUGUGGUGACGCCGCUGCGGUGUCACCACCAUAUUUGGACGCCUCAGGUGCCGGUGUAGUGGUAACGAUCACGCAACCUAUUGUGGUAUCGGCAACAAAAGAUACGGAUAAGGUAUCUAAGCAAGUUGUUGGUGUUAUGGGAGGUGACAUGCGGAUCCGAUUUCUUGAAAGUAUCCUGAGAUCAACAGUCAAAGAUUGUAAAAGAGACUCCGGUUUUGAGUGCAUUUUGAUAGAUUUGGCGGGCUAUGUUAUAUUCGACAACGCUCUUGCUGGAAUGGAUGAUGCAGCCAUUGAACAAAUUGUAAAAACCAAUUAUCACGUGACUUCUGCACAUAGAGUUAUAGCAGACGAACUUGUCCGUUUAGGUAUUCUGGUGAGACAACAAUGUGUAGAUGUAUCACAGGUCGCGUAUCUAGAAGAAUAUCGAGUUGAUUUGAAAAAAUUGGCAACAAGUAUGGAUGGAUUAUUGUUUCGAGCAUCUCAUGUAAACAAAACCAAUACUAUUUUGCUUAUUAUAUCAACGGAUUUCUGGGUGCCACAAUAUUUAAAUCAAAAGCACUGCAUUGAGCACAACAUGAACACUGCUAUAUGUGAACGUCCUAUUUUAUCUACGCAAUGUGAAUCCCCGUGCGUCAACGUCAAAGAAGCAAUACGUGAUUACGGAAAAUGUACAAACAGCUUCAACUAUACGUGGGAACGUCACCCUUCCUCAUGUAUUCCAGACAAAUUCGUUGAUGAACGUUUAGCAAUCGUUGUAGAACAAGAUGGCGGCUCGGGAGUACAGAACUUCGAAAUUGCUUCGUUGAGUCCUUGUUUUGCCUACGACCAGUACUCUUCAUACAGAUUCCAUACCGCGUCUGUACACUUGGGUGCAAUCUUUGUGACUGCUUUUUUAAUUUCAAUAGCAAAUUGGAUUCUGCGAUUGCUGAACAUGAAUGGUGUCAGAUAACGAUUACGUAUAUCAAAAUCGUUUUCUUGUUUUGUUUAUUUUGUUGGUUAAUGUUUCAGUAAAGAGAGAAUAAUUCAUUUAUUAAAUCGUUCAGAAGUCGUA